AUGAGCAAUAUCAUCGAAAUGGCACGGUCGUUCAAUUGUUUACUUCUAAACUCUGAUAUUCUAAUUCCGGUUUCCUUUUUCAAUGAUAAUACUGGAAAGUUCGCCAUUCUUCAACAAGAUGAUCAUAAACAAAAAGUCUACUUAAGCGAACUUACAGUUGUACUUCUCAAAAAUGAUAUUUGUAGUAAGGCAAAUGUUAAUUCCAACAAUACGAAACUUUGGAAAGUUAAUGUUAAGAAAAGAGAGAUCAAAGAUAAAAAUGUUUCUACCGAAGAAGACAUUGUACAAAAACUUGGUGGAAAAGAAAUGGAACUUCAAGAACUGUUUGAAGAAUAUUUUCAAGAUGAAUUAAAUAAUAAUAAUCAAAAUUUUAAAGUGUCUAACAUUCACGUCAUCGCCAUUAUUCCCACCACUGGUAACACUGCCCCCGUUUUUGUUACUGACUUUUAUGAGGAAGAUAUCGAUGCUAUAGUUGGUGAUUUACAAAUGACCUUUCCUCAUGUUCUUGAUGUCGAUGAACCUUUUUUUCGUAAACUGGCUCGGAAACUCGCCGUAAUUUGGAAACGUUCACAUGACUUUUCACUCGCAACUCCGAACUACCCAUACUAUAAGCUGAACCAGAGCCCUUCAAUUUUAAAAACAUGUCUACCCUAUGGUGUUACUAAAACGACGUGUAAUGAAAUCGAUCCUCGCCUCCCUCCUUUUAAAGCGAAUUCUAAAAUGAUCUAUGAGAAUCCCCUAUACUACGAUCCGCAAUUUCAAGAGACCGUUAAUUUGGUGCGAGAGAGAAUUAAAGAGCACGGACAAGAUGUUAUUGUGCUUGCCGGAGUCUCAGGAGGGGGUAAAACGUCAACCACAUUCGCCAUUGCUGCAGAACAAUGGGGAAUACAUGUGGACUGUUCCCAUAUUAUUUCAGAUUAUAAUAAUAAAUUGUCUCGUGAACUCGGUGAAAUUAAAGCGUUACAUCCACAUUUCAAAGAAAUCGAACAACAAAAUUGGGCACUUCGCAGUCUUGACAUAGAAUUCGCUUUACGUGUAUUAAUACUAGUCAAAAUGCUUGUAGAGAAAAAAAUCAAAACACCAAAGGAUUGGCUAUUAGCACAACUUCAUGGUUUAGAUAAGUCUAGUAUGGAACUUCUUCGAGAAAACCUGUCAGGACUAAGCGCAGGAGAAUUUUCGGACCUUUUAGUGUUCAUUAAUAAAUGCCUUAAGAUUGAACGGAUCCUCUUUAUCCAAGAUGAGGCGCAAUGUCUUUGUCGACCUGAAUUCGGAGAUUACGUUGGAAGUAGUGAAGCGGGAACUCCAUGGAAUCUUUUGCCUAUACUCAUCACAUGA